GAAAAUUGCAGCGCCAAUAUACGAAUCUGCAAGGUAGAGUCGAAGGAGAAAUUGCUGCAAAAGUUGUUUCUUCCCCUCAAUCUUGUGUUUUUUGGAUUGCAAUUCCAGAUGAUGAACCCCAAAUUGGCACGUAGCUUACGCAACUUGGUACCGUUCAUACGCAGAGACGCUUCUCAUCAUAAUCAACAUCGAUUCCACCAUUUUCAAUCACAUUCGUUUACCCUUUCCAACCCUAGUUUUUCUUCUUCUUUUUUGGUAUUUGGGUUUCGUCGUACUCUUUGUUUUCCUCUUGUAUUUUCCUCAACUUUUGAUUUUUCCUUUCCAAGUCUUCAUCGGUACUCCACCACCACCACCACCACCACCAAUGCCUCCUCCUGUGAAGAUAUCGAGGGUGAAAACCCUCAAGAAUUAGCUCAAUCUGACACGGAUGAAGUAGAGCCAAUCGACUUAUGGGAGGAAGAGGAUGAAGCUGAGCCUAAGAUUGGAGAUGGUGGAGAUGGAGGUGAUGUUGUCCUGCAAAAUUGUCCUUGGGGUGAGAAAGUUCUAUCUAUAGCUAGAGAUGUCUUGCUGCAGUUUGGUGAUGGCAUAGAAAUCUUUGCUUUUAAAACCUCCCCUCGUGGAUACAUUUAUGUGCGACUCGAUAAACUCUGUAACGAAUAUGGGUGCCCCAGCAUGGAGGAUAUUCAAAGUUACAGCCAGGAAUACAAGAGAAGACUAGAUGAAGCAGGGGUGUCUGGAGACAUCCCCAGCGACUUGGCUCUCGAGGUAUCAUCUCCUGGUGCAGAUCGGCUACUAAGAAUACCAAACGAUUUAGAACGUUUCAAAGAGAUGGCUAUGCGAGUGAAGUACGUAGAACGUGAUGAUACUAGAUCCGUGGAAAAGGAAGGAGUGUUCUUUCUGGAAUCCAUGGAAGCAGAAUCUGGGAGCUGCAUGUGGAGGUUGGCUGAUGUGAAAGAAAACCGAGAUCCUUCAUCUAAAGGAAGACCAUUUACCCGCAAACAAAAGGACUGGAGACUGGAACUGCCAUUCGAAAUGAUCAAGCAGGUAACUCUGUACCUUGACUACGAAUAGCACAUAGUCUCGAGUCCUUGUUUUUUUGGAUUUUUGCGAAAUUAUGUUCAUCAUGUUGUACGUUUCUAUGAGGUUACUUGUGUUUUUAUGUUUUCGAUCAAUGGAAAUCCCCAUAACGACUGUUGAUAUGUUGAAA